AUGGCCCAGGCCUAUCUUCCUAUCAAGACUACACAAGAGGGCGCAGUGGUCAUCGACUACCCGACUUUGGUAUCUACGCCGCUUGUCCUGCAGGAGUCGAUCAAGAAGGCGUUUGGAUCGGAACCGGAUUGCCUUGGAAUUAUUGUAGUCAAUAAUCUACCACCGGAGUAUGUGCGCUAUCGCGAACGUCUCCUUCUCCUUGCGGAGAAGUUUGCCUCAUUGAAGGAGGAGACACGGGAGAAGUACGCAGAUCCAAAGUCUCGAUACAGCUUUGGCUGGAGCCAUGGAAAGGAGAUUAUGAACGGCAAACCUGAUACCCUCAAGGGAAGCUAUUAUGCGAACCCGAUUGUGGACUAUCCGACAGUGCCUGAAGAGCAGCGUAAAGAACAUCCAGAGUACUAUGGCCAUAACAUCUGGCCUGCACCAGACGAAGCUGGCGUCGAAGGAUUCGAACAGGCCUUCAAGGACCUCGGAGUCGGUACAGAACUAGCGACUGCAUGCCAACCAUUUGCCUCUGCUCAUCUCACGGACAACUCGAUAUCACUCUCAAAACUCAUCUCGACCUCGCAAACGACCAAGGCAAGGCUACUCCAUUACUUCCCUCCAUCUCCUGAAAAUCCUCUUCCGUCCGACGACGAGCCUGUUGACAGCUGGUGUGGCUUCCAUCUCGACCAUAGUCUUCUUACAGGACUAUGCUCGGCAAUCUAUCUCUCGCACGAAGGAAAUGGUGUCGUCAAACAGGUCUCCUCCCCCUCCCCCGCUUCUGGACUCUACAUUCGCACCCGAGGUGGUACGCUUCAAAAGGUGGGGAUCCCACCCGACUGCCUUGCGUUUCAAACAGGUGAAGCACUCGAACUGGCGACAGCAGGCAAGUUGCGUGCAACCCCACACUGUGUGCGCGUUGGUGCUGGCGAAGGAGCGGAGAAAGUGUCGAGGGAGACAUUUGCAUUGUUCAUGCAGCCCGAUACGACGCAGGUCAUCGCCGAAGGGGAAACGUUUGGAAGUUUUUCCAAAAAGGUGUUUGAUGAGCAUUACGAGCCUCAGAUGUAG